GAUGGCUCCUAUUGCUCAAUCGUCACUCAAAUUCAAAAACUUAUGCUGGGUUUCCAUCCAACAUCCAUGGUAAUGAGGUGGCUGACAGAAUUGCAAACCUUGCACACUCAAAUGAUUGUUUUGCAAGAUCCAGUUUGUGUUUUGGAGAGCGACUCUGCUUGUUGAAGUCAAAAUUUUUGGAAUAUUGGGCACUUUGGUAGUCAGGGGAGGUGCAGUCGUCAGGGAAAGGAACCUUCAGGCUGAGCUUGGGAGGAAUGGUAACUUAUGUGGAUUAUGGACCACUACCUCGCUUGGUUGAAUGUGCUGUGGCCUGUCUGUGUCUCGGUCAUGCUGGUGUAAGGGCUCACAUGGCCCAUUUCAAUCAAACCAAUUCCAGUAUAUGCCCUGAGUGUAAUGCGGAAGACAAUUAGUCACUUCAUCUUGUACUGCUCACUCUUCACUGAUCAGAAAAGGGAGUUUUGCUCAGCUCUGGAGAAUCUUUUGAUUCCCUGGAACCUCAUCUCAGCUCUUGGUGGAGAAGAUAUCCCUCAAAAAAGAAGAACUGCAGUAAUUCGUCGCCUUGGACAGUACCUGUUGGGAUGCAACAUGGUUAACAACCUUUGAAAAAUUUCCAGUGCCUAAUUCUUUUGUGCUUCCUUCCAUACAACACCCACCGGCUGGUGAGAGGCCUUAGAGAUCUACUUUUAAAUCAGAGUGGCAAUAUAGUACAAGGAAACCCAGUUGUGCUCAGGCUGGGAGGUGUGAUCUGUUCAUACCCAAAGUCUUAAAAGCAAUUUAAAAAAAAUCAUUUUAACUGUAAUCCGUAAAAGGACAGAAGUUUUUCAAAUUAGUCGCUGCUUUGCUCGCUGGUAGUUUGUCUUUUUUUAAUUUAUUGCCAUUUGUGUUAGUCGUGUAGAUUUAGUUGCUACAUUUUGUUUUUCAGUAUUUAUCAAUAUUAUUGUGUGAUUGUGAAGGUUUGAAGUAAGCACUUUUAAUUCUCAGUGAUUAUGGAUAAAAGUGAAGAACUGAGCCUAUUUUUUGAGAAAAAUAGAUUGAAAACCUUUAAAAAUUGGCCCUUCAAGUUGCCAAGCGCCUGCACUAAAGAAAAAAUGGCAGCAGCUGGUUUUUACUUUGCUGGCAGUAAAUCUGAGCCUGACCUUGCCUGUUGUUUUGUGUGCCUCAAGGAGCUUGAUGGAUGGGAAGAGGAGGAUGACCCAUGGGAAGAGCACAGUCGCAGAGGAGAGUGCGACUUCAUUAAACUCAACAAAACUGAAGAGGAGAUGACGGUGAUGGAGCUUUUUGACUUACUCGUGAAGCGACGCCUCAAUCAAAUGAUUGCAUCGUCAAAGAAAAUAAAAGCCCUUGAGACACUCGGACAAGGCUAUGAAGAAGACCUACGGAACAGCUGACAAGCUUCUGACUGAUCUGCAUUGUCCUCCCCAACAAACUGUUUUGUCACAUAUUAUCUUCCAUUUAUAUCAAAAUAUUCUUUAAAAUUGGCUUGCAUGUCCUUAGAAAAUUGGGUUGCAGUAAAAUUGGUCUGCCCUGCUUAAUUGCUAGGUAUAAGCUAACAUUAUAAGAGGCUAUUUUUACUUGAAGCGUUCAAGCAGUUGAACACUAAGCCUACGACCGGAUGUUGGUUUCUGUGAUCAACAGGUUAUUUAUUUGGAGGACUGGGCUUAGAUUAUUUCAUGUCCAAGCCUUAGACGGUGUCCUGAUGCAGUUCAUGUGUCUUAUGUAUUUUUUAUUAAUUUGGUGUCUUGAUACGUGAACAUUAACAUAAGAACAAUUAAGCUUA